AUGCUCUCACCGUCUCUAAUUCUCGCUCCUCUAUUACUUUCCCUAUUUAUAAGCGCCAGCGCAGUACCCGGCCAAUCGCCACUAUUGGUACACCAAUCAAGUGAUCCCAGUAUAGAAAACGCCCGCGUAAAUGCGCCUGCGGUGUUUAACGCCAUUCAUUCAUCUAUGAGACAAUGGGGUUCGUCUCUCAAACAUAAUGGAAUGUCUUUCUUCCCAGCAACAGUACCAAAGGGAACGUUACUCUACCAUGGGACACACACUCCCGAACCGGUCAAGGGAAUGGAGUGGUUAGCCUUUGAAGUUGAACAUGCAGAAAUGUUUGCGCGUCCAAGAAGAGGGCAUGUUCCUGGUAGUAGGCCCGGAGGCGGUCAUGGUCAUGGUCCAGGAAAAGGUCCUCCUCCGCAUGCACGAAUGGAUAGCCGUCCAAAAUCUCCUCAUGGCGGAAAUGUUCACGGCGAUGCUGAGGACAAAGAUGAAGAUAGCCAUGGUUAUCUUCACACAUACCGCACCUCUAGAUCUCUCACCAAACUUCUCUACAUAGAUGGAAUGUCGGCUGGAAAAACCAGCAUGGGAACGCUGGAUUCCACAGACUACGUUAUUCGCAAUCUCUCUCACGCAUCAACAGAGCCCAACCAUGUCAGCGUCACAAAGAGAUGA